AUGAACCGCGACGGACGGGGCCUGAGCCGGGUCCCCCGGGUGGACAAGGCCGGCGGUCAGGGCUCGUCCCGUCUCGGCCCCGGCAGACGGCUCUGGCACGCUUCGCCUUCCUCAGAAGCCGGGGGCCGGGCCCGCUCUAAGGGGCCCAGAGGGCUCGUCAUGCCACCGUGGCUGCGAGCAGAGUGCCGACGGGGGCCCGGGACAAGGAAGGACGAGCGGCCGCCUCGUGUGGGGUUUAAACAGGGAGUUCUGUUCUCUGCCCGAAAGCCCCUGGUAGUCCGGACGCCAUUUAACGCUGUGUUGCCCGGCAGCUUCCGGGUUCAGGAGAGACACGGCCUCCACAGCGUCACGGCGCUCUGCACGCUGCGGGUGACCAUCAUCACGGACGACAUGCUGACCAACAGCAUCACGGUGCGGCUGGAGAACAUGUCGCAGGAGAAGUUCCUGUCCCCGCUGCUGUCCCUCUUCGUGGAGGGCCUGGCGGCCGUCCUGUCCACCUCGACGGACGGCAUCUUCGUGUUCAACAUCCAGAACGACACGGACGUCAGCGCCAACAUCCUCAACGUGACCUUCUCGGCGCUGCUGCCCGGGGGCGUGCGCGGCCGCUUCUUCCCGUCCGAGGCCCUCCAGGAGCAGAUCUACCUGAACCGGACGCUGCUGCGGCUCAUCUCGGCCCAGCGCGUGCUGCCCUUCGACGAUAACAUCUGCCUGCGUGAGCCCUGCGAGAACUACAUGAAGUGCGUGUCGGUGCUCAGGUUCGACAGCUCGGCGCCCUUCAUCAGCUCCACCACGGUGCUGUUCCGGCCCAUCCACCCCGUGGGCGGCCUCCGCUGCCGCUGCCCGCCCGGCUUCACCGGCGACUACUGCGAGACCGAGAUCGACCUGUGCUACUCCAGCCCCUGCGGCAGCCACGGCCUGUGCCGGAGCCGGGAGGGCGGCUACACGUGCCACUGCCACGAAGACUACACAGGCGAAUACUGUGAGGUGAAUGCCCGCUCAGGCCGCUGCGCCCCCGGUGUCUGCAAGAAUGGCGGCAAGUGUGUCAACCUGCUGGUGGGCGGCUUCAAGUGCGAGUGCCCACCUGGCGAGUUUGAGAGGCCCUACUGCGGGGUGACCACGCGGAGCUUCCCAGCGCAGUCCUUUGUCACCUUCAAGGGCCUCCGCCAGCGCUUUCACUUCACGCUCUCGCUCACGCUUCUUGUCCCCGGGCCUCGGACACCCUCUCCGGUGUCAGCGUCCUCCCCGAGGCCAGGCCGAGCCGGCCCCCUGGCUGUGUCUGUGCCCCCUCCUGCCACCCCCGACCUCCCUGCCCUUUCCCUGCGCCGGCACCCCGAGGUGGUCCUGGCAGGGGGAGACGCAGGGAUGCGGCCCCUCAGCCCCUGCUGCCCUCCCCAGGGCGAGACGAGGACCAGCGUGGCCCCCGUGGUGCGUGGAGGCGUGAGUGACGGCCGCUGGCAUUCGGUGCGGGUGCAGUAUUACAACAAGCCCCACAUUGGCAGGCUGGGCAUCCCUCAUGGGCCCUCCGGAGAGAAGGUGGCCGUGGUGUCCGUGGAUGACUGUGACACAGCCGUGGCCGUACGCUUUGGUGGCCGCUUGGCCAACUACAGCUGUGCGGCCCAGGGCACCCAAACGGGCUCUAAGAAGUCUUUGGACCUGACGGGCCCCCUCCUCCUCGGAGGUGUCCCCAACCUGCCUGAGGACUUCCCGGUGCACAACAGGCAGUUCGUGGGCUGCAUGAGGAACCUCUCCAUUGACAACCAGGCCAUCGAUAUGGAGAGCUUCAUUGCCAACAAUGGCACCAGAGCAGGUUGUACCGCACAGGAGAACCACUGCGACAGCAUCUGGUGUCAGAAUGGUGGGACGUGUGUGAACAAAUGGAACAUGUACAUUUGCAGCUGCCCACUACGCUAUGGGGGCAAGAACUGUGAGCAGGUCAUGCCACAUCCCCAGCGCUUCAGUGGGGAGAGCCUCGUGUUCUGGGGGGAUCUGGACAUCACCAUCUCAGUGCCUUGGUACCUGGGGCUCAUGUUCCGGACCCGGAAAGCAAGCGGGACGCUUUUGGCAGCCAACGCCGGGACAUCAUCCAAAAUUAGCCUCCAGAUCCUGAAUAGCCACGUUUAUUUUGCCGUUUUCCACGGCUCCUCUGAGGUAGCCUCCAUGAGGCUGGGCAGGUCCCGCGUGAGUGACGGGGAAUGGCACCACCUGCUCAUCGAGCUAAAGAGCGCCAAGGAUGGGAAGGACAUCACGUACCUGGCCGUGAUGACGCUGGACUACGGCCUGGAUCAGAACACGGUGCAAAUUGGCAACCAUCUUCCUGGAUUAAAGAUGAGGAGCGUCCUGGUGGGCGGCCUCUCCGAAGACCAAGUCACAGUCCAGCAGGGCUUCUCCGGCUGCAUGCAGGGAGUGCGGAUGGGGGAGACGGCCACGAACAUCGUGACCCUGAACAUGAAGGAGGCGCUUCAGGUGCGGGUGAAGGACGGCUGCGCCACGGACGACCCGUGUGCCUCCAGCCCGUGCCCCGAGCACAGCCGCUGCCUGGACAGCUGGGACGGCUACGCGUGCGUCUGCGAGCCGGGCUACUUCGGGAGAGACUGCGUGGAUGCGUGUCACCUGAACCCCUGCGAGCACGUCUCGGCCUGCGUGCGCAAGCCCAGCUCCACCCAGGGCUACGCGUGCGAGUGUGGGCACAGCUACUACGGGCAGUACUGCGAGAGCAAGCGGCUCUCCCCAUGUGCCCCAGUGAUCUACAGCGGCUGCCCCCGCGCCUUUGAGGCUGGCAUCUGGUGGCCACAGACCAAGUUUGGACAGCCCGCGGCGGUGCCCUGUCCCAAGGGAUCUGUGGGGAACGCCAUCCGCCACUGCAGCAGCGAGAAGGGCUGGCUGCCCCCGGAGCUCUUCAACUGUACCACGUCCUCCUUCCUGGGCCUCAAAGCCACGAAUGAAAAACUCCACCGCAACGAGACCCGCCUGGACGGGGAUAAGUCAGUCCAGCUCGCCCGCGCGCUGGAGAACGCCACCAGGUCUGCGGCCACCCUGUAUGGGAAUGACGUGCGCACAGCCUACCAGGUGCUGAUGCACGUGCUCCGCUACGAGAGCCGGCAGCAAGGCUUCGAGCUGGCUGCCACCAGAGACGCGGAGUUCAACGAGAACCUCAUCCGAGCGGGCAGUGCCCUGCUGGACGCCACCCACAAGGACUCCUGGGAGCAGAUCCAGCGCACGGAGGGGGGCACGGCCCACCUGCUCCGGCACUACGAGGAUUAUUUCUCCACCUUGGUGAAGAACAUGAGGAGGACCUACAUGAAGCCCUUCGUCAUCGUCACAGACAACAUGAUCCUGGCGGCCGCCGUCUUCGACGAGGCCAACUUCACGGGGGCCAGAGUGCCGCGCUUCGAGGACCUUCGCGAGGGCUACCCCAGGGACCUGCAGUCCUCCGUCCUCUUCCCUGCCCACCUGUUUGAGCCCUCGGACCGGAGAGACGCCCCCACAGUGAAGCCCUCCAAGCCCAGAGGGACCCCUGGAGCCCCCCCACGUGACCGGGCCACCAGGGCCCUGUCUAAGAGGAGGAAGCGGCAGCCGGACACCCGGAGCCAGCACGCCGUCGGCCUGGUCCUCAUCUGUCGCUCCCUCGGCCAGCUGCUGCCGGAGCUGUACGACCCCGACCGGAGGAGUCUGCGACUGCCCCACCGGCCCGUCAUUAACAGCCCCAUCGUGAGCACCCUGCUCCACAGCGAGGGGGAGCGGGCCUCGGCCCAGCCAGGGCACCCCAUCCUCGUGGAAUACACUCUGCUGGAGACCCAGGAGAGGACCAAGCCCGUCUGCGUCUUCUGGAACCACUCCUUGGGGAGCCUGGGUGCCGGGGGCUGGUCGGCCAAGGGCUGCGAGCUGGUUUCCAGAAACAACAGUCACAUCACCUGUCAGUGCAGCCACACAAGCAGCCUGGCCGUGCUCAUGGACAUCUCCAAGCGCGAGCAUGGCGAGGUCCUGCCUCUUAAGAUUGUCACCUACACGAGCGUGGCCGUCUCCCUGGUGGCUUUGCUCAUGGCCUUCAUCCUCCUGUUGGUGCUCCGGACGCUCCGUGCCAAUCUCCACAGCAUCCACAGGAAUCUGAUCGCGGCCCUCUUCUCCUCCCAGCUGGUCUUUGUGAUUGGGAUUGACCAGACAGAAAAUCCGUUCACGUGCACGGUGAUCGCCAUCCUCCUGCACUAUUUCUACAUGAGCACGUUCGCUUGGCUGUUUGUGGAGGGCCUUCACAUCUAUCGUAUGCUCACCGAGGUCAGGAACAUCGACUCUGGACACAUGCGAUUCUACUACGUCCUGGGCUGGGGCAUCCCGGCCAUCGUGACAGGGCUCGCCGUGGGCCUGGACCCCCAGGGCUACGGGAACCCCGACUUCUGCUGGCUGUCCGUCCACGACACGCUCAUCUGGAGCUUCGCUGGACCCAUCGGCAUCGUGGUCCUUAUCAACACCGUCAUCUUCGUCCUGUCUGCGAGAGCGGCCUGCCGACGGGAGCACCGCACCUAUGACAGGGCCGGGAUCGCCUCCGGGCUCCGGACGGCCUUCCUCCUGCUCCUGCUGAUCAGUGCCACGUGGCUCCUGGGGCUCAUGGCUGUCAACAGCGACGUGAUGGCUUUCCAUUACCUCUUUGCCGUAUUCAGCUGCUUGCAGGGAGUCGCCAUCUUCCUCUUCCACUGUGUCCUCAACAAAGAAGUCCAGAAACACCUGAAGCUCACUCUGAUGGGGAAGAAGGCCCACCCGGACGACUCCACAGCCACCAGAGCCACCCUGUUAACCCGGUCCCUGAACUGUAACAACACGUACAUCGAGGAGCCAAACAUGUACCGCACGGCGCUGGGCGAGUCCACGGCCUCGCUGGACAGCACCAUCAGGGAGGAAGGGACCAAGAAACUGAGCGUGUCCUCGAGCCAAGCGAGAGGCCGCCCGGACUCGGACACCCACCUCUUCCGGAGGAGGAAUAGCAAAAACCCCAGAGGCAAUGACUCGGAUUCAGACAGUGAGCUCUCUCUCGAGGAACACAGUAGCUCGUAUGCCUCAUCACGCUCAUCAGACAGUGAGGAAGAUGGGGUGGAUGAAGAGAACAAGUGGAACUCAGGCUCUUGUAAAGCAAAUGAUCGGGGACCUAUCCACAGCACCCCCAAAGCAGACACUUUGUCCAACCACAUCAAGGCCACGUGGCCCCCAGAUAGCAUGACGGGCAGUGAUGGUGAAGAUGCUCGAUGUAAGCCAAAGCUUAAAGUGGAAACCAAAGUGAAUGUGGAACUUCACCAGGAGAACCAGGAGGACGAUGGAAAGGAUGCACCCUCAGACAAGGAGAACCCAGGGCUGCCCAGGGACAAUCAGACAGCUCCCCAGACCAACCACCAGCAUCCAGAACAGAGGAAAGGCAUCUUGAAGAACAAAGUGACCUACCCACCGCCUCUGACCGAAAGGAAUCUCAAGAACCGGCUCCGGGAGAAGCUGGCGGACUACAACCAGACCGUGAACUCAUCCAGGACAUCAUCCCUUGGCUCCAAUGAUGGAAUUUGCCCCACAGUGGACCCAGGAGUGACUGUCAAAAACUCUCCAAGAGAACACUCUUGUGACCAGCUGAAUGGGGUGGUCAUGAACGUGCGCACAGGGACUGUCCACGCAGACGCAUCAGAUUCAGAAGGCAGUAAUGAAACUUCCAUUUGAAUCAUCAGGAAAUCGUGAUUGGCCUUCCCACAGCCUGCGGGAGAGCCCCGAGCUCAAGAGCUGGCCGCGGGGCCGGAGACGCGCCUCGUCUCUUCCUGGCAGUUCACGUUUCAGGGCCCCCUGAGAUAGCUUUGGAGGUUCAGAGCUGUGCCAAAGUCUUGGGGAAGCUCGGCGCCAUCGCUGCAGGAGGCGGGCGCCCCGGACCACGCUGCUCCCGGCAGCUCCAGAAACAGGAGGCAGUGGGGAAGGGAGCCGGCCUCGGGCCCCGGCGCCCGGCCCGGGCUCGGGACCCUGCGGGGCAGCCUAUCCAUUGGGUUGGGUCUCCCUACAGUGCCUUCCAGCAGCAGUUUUGCCAGCCUUUCAGGACCACUUAAAACAAACUUUUAUAUAUAAGAAAGUGUAGAUACUUCUAUAUAUUUUGUAUGAUGAUUCUCUAAGGAAGAAAAAAAAGCCUUGUGUAUAUUUUGCAUUUGUACUGAUUUUGUUCAUGCCUGGAGAUUGCUGGGAGGAAAAAGAACCCCAAACUCAAUAUUUUUAUAUUAGAGAACGAGGUAGCGUUGUCCCUGGCUUGGGCGUGGGGAAAGACGACUGCUCCUCCAGCCGGACAUCUCGCCAGGUGGCUUCUCCGCCCUCCAUGCAGGGGGCUGGAGACCACCCACGCUCAGCCACAAAUCCUCUGCUGUGGGCGCCCCCCGGACCGCUCCUUUCACGUGUCCAGCGAGGGCCCCAGGAGAAGUGGCGCCUCGGCCUUGCUGAGGAUGGCGGACGGGCUCCGCCAAGGCGCCGAGGCUCGCCAAAGUCAGGGCUCCGGCAAGGGAGAAUUUUUCUCUUUCUCAUUGAGGUCUUCUUUGGGUCUUCGAGGUUGUCCGUCCAUUCCCAGCGGAAGCAGGGAGGUGAGGUCCUCCGGGCCACAUUUCCCAGCUAUUUAGGAAUUUAGAAAUGUGUCUCCGUCCCCCACCCCAAGUCUGGCCGUUACUCUGGCUAGUUUUAGAAGCCCAUUUGUGAGGAGGGACGAGGCUCGUGUUUACAGAAAUCCCAGGUACCGCUCGUAAGGUCAAAGGCAGGGUCAGCCCCAGCCUCCCGACCAGGGGUCUGUUCGGUCUCUCCUGUGGCCCGAACAGGCCAGAGCAUGGUGGGGUUGGGAAGGGGCUGCCCCCAUUUAACACAAAUGGGGGGGAGGGAGCCGUGUUCGGUAGGCUAUGUGAGGACAGGCAGGCCAGGGAGAGGGCAGCAGCGCCACCAUGGAGAAGAUCUCCCUCGUGGGUGUGGGGGAUGUCUCUGCCCCUAAUAGCCGUCCCCUACAGGCAGACACGGGCAUGGGCAGAGGACCGCCGCCGAUCCCCCCACCCUACUGCCAGCAAGGUUAAGGCCACAAUUCUGUCCGUUUUAGAAACGACAGAAAAGGACAACCCUAUUUUGGUGACGUGAAACUUCCUGAGACAGACACAACACCGGAAGCUUCGGGUUUUGAACAAAUGACUAUUUAUUAAUGCUCAGAACACUGGAAUUACAGCCUGGCUGAGGUGACAAUAAAUUAAGAGAUUUUGGAAUGUGGAUUUGGAUUCUGCCUCUUCUUCGGCCUCCGGCGCUCACACACCGAGCCCUGCCUCUGCUUCUUAGGAGGGAGCUGGGUCAGAGGCCGGCUUGGCCAUUGGCCCUUGGAAGGGCACGUAGGCCCGAGUCACCGUGACUGGUCAGGUCUGUCCCCUGCCAGAGGAGGUGCUUGGACUCCACGGCCUCUGAGGUCCCCUUCAGACCCAGGAAGCCACCCCUGAGGGGGGGAGUGGUGUACACACGCCCCCCACUCACACACACACACACACACAGUGA